UAAAAAAUAAACAUUAGAAAUAACCUAAAAAUUUUAACUUAUUGUUUAUAAUUUUUUUUUUUUAGUUAAAAAUGAUAAAUUUAAAAAAUUACUGUAAUUAUAUUGAUCAAAUAAGAAAAUACGCUAAGCGCAGUGACAUAAGUGAAACGGAGUUGGAAAAAAUAUUCGACGAGUGUUUUGACGAUAUUGAAAAAAAGUUUAAAAAAAAUAAACGCGGAAUUUGCAAUGUCAUUUGUAAAUUACUUCAACUAUUUUUAAUUGUUAAUUUUUUUUUAUUGUUAUUAUUAAUUGUUAUUUAUCAUGAUCCUCAUUUAAGAAGUUUUUUUUUACGGAAUUUACAAAGUUAUAUUUAUCCUGGGUUUUAUAUUUUUCGGAAACUUGCGGUACCUGUCAUUACACGUUACCCUACACUAACAGAAUAUUAUGAUGAAACAUGCUUGGUAGAAAAUCCAUUCUUCCAACUAUCAAGCAUCGAUUGCUGGCCAUGUAACACGAUCCAAACUAUUCCCGAUAUGUCGGGAUUAAAUUGGAGCAUACCUCGUAAUUUUAAUUUUGGUUUUCCUUUUAUCAGACAAGAAAAUGACAGUAUUAAUAAUAAUUUAUCUAGCUUAUUUGAUUUAUUGGAAAUUAAUAGAGAUAUUUUUAUUAACGACGCUCGGAGAAUUAGCUCAAAUAAUAUUGACUACCAAAAUAUUAAUGAUGUUAUCGAUAAAAGAUUAGAUACUAAUAAAUCUCAGCUAGAAAAUACACACAUAUCAUGGAGAAUAAAUAGAAUGACACCCGGUAGAAUUAUACGAAAAUUAUUUCCAAAACCAAAAGGUACUCCUGAUUGGUGGGGACAAUCUGUUGAGAGAUUUGUUUUUAUUGAUGAACCAUUAGCUCCUCUUUAUAAUUUACCAAAUCCAGAGUGCACAAAUGUAAUCCUAAGAUCUACCAGUGGUUUGCGUUUGAUUAAAAUGAUACCUAGUCCCGAGUGUCUAAACACUUGUCAACCUACCGCAAUAAUUUUGAAAGCUGGUUACACCUUAUGGUACAAUUGGUUGUACUGGAGACCAAUCAGCUACCCAGUGACCAAUGCAACGGAAGUUUCUGUUAAUUAUUUAACGUCCUUCUGUUAAGUACAAAAAAAAAGCAAUAGUAUCUAGAUUUUUUUAUAGAUAUUUUUUAUAACGUGCCAAAUAAUAUA